UUUCUUUGGAAAGUAAUCAACCUCUUUGAGUUAGGGGGCCUGAUUGUAUGCAUGAAAUUGUGAUAUCUUUCGUUCCCACAACUGAUGAAGUCAUACUUUGCUGCUCUGCUUCAUUAUAUUUUUUAUGAAAAUUUGAGAGCCGCAAAAACAGAAAAAAGGGAACACAGAGCAAAAAUUUUGUUAUUUUAUUUGACCUCAAAUUUCAUCUUGAAGAAAAUAAAAUCCACCGGACAAUAAGUAGAAACCAGAAGAAAUGGAAAGAAAAAGGAGAGAAACAAAAUGUAAUCACUAUUGAUUCCUAAGUUUGUUCAUUCUCUCUCCACAAUUUAUUUCCUUUAUUAAUUAUUGAAAUACCCUAUUCUCGGAAACCCAAACGAUCCCUUUUUAUCCUAUUUAUUUAUACACUUCUUCUUCUUCACAACCAUUUCUCUUUCACAUUUUUGAAUUAGGGUUUCCUUUUCUUAAAUCUGUUUCUUCUUCUCUUUCACCUUAAACCCUCCAACUGUUACCUUCUAUUUCCCGCCAAUUCGCUCUCAUCCUAACCGUUGCUUUCUCCUCCGGUUUCAAAAUUCCAGCCGUUAGAUUUCUACUUCUUGGUUUUGUUUUCCGUCAAAAUUUUGACAGUUUUUUGGCGGAGUUGACUUAAAAUGUCUGAGGUUGAAGCGGAGAAGAAACUUGAAGAAGGGGAGGAGAAGAAGGUAGUAAAGGGAGGAGAACUCUUAUUUUGUGGAUCCACGUAUUGGGAUUUGGUUGGUCGUCGUAAAGGUAUUCUUGAAGGCAGCUUGGUCUCCCCGACUCGCCUCCGAUCUUUAGUUGGUAUUGACAUUCAGUUUGUAGCCUCCGGUUGCGCAUCGUGUCAUUGUGUGGCAUUAGAUGUUGAAGGGCGUUGCUACACAUGGGGACGCAAUGAGAAGGGUCAACUGGGUCAUGGGGAUAAAAUUCAGCGUGAUAGGCCGACUGUUGUUUCCGAGCUUUCAAAGUACAAAAUUACGAAGGUUGGAGCAGGGAGGAACCAUACUGUGGUGGUUACUGAAGAUGGGCAUACCCUAGCCUUUGGUUGGAAUAAACAUGGGCAACUCGGUUCAGGUUCAAUUAGAAAUGAGAUUGAGGCAUCUCCUGUUCGCUGUCUUGUGUCUGAAGUUAAAAGUACUGCAUGCGGGGCUGACUUUACUGUGUGGUUAACGCCAGUUGAAGGAGCGUCUAUAUGGACUGCUGGCCUUCCGCAGUAUGGUCAGCUUGGGCAUGGAACAGACAAUGAGUACAAUAUGAAGGAUAGCUCUGUGAGGCUUGCUUAUGAAGCUCAACCUCGCCCUAGAGUUAUAGCGUCGCUUGCUCGAGAGACCAUUGUCAAAGUUGCAUGUGGAACAAACCACACAGUGGCUGUGGAUUCAAAGGGCUAUGUUUACACGUGGGGCUUUGGUGGUUAUGGAAGACUUGGGCAUAGAGAGCAGAAAGAUGAGUGGGUCCCUCGUCGUGUUGACUUCUUUCAAAGGCAAAAUGUUUUGCCUCCUGAUGCUGUUAUUUCAGCUGGUUCUGUGAACUCUUCAUGUACGGCAGGUGGUGGACAGUUGUACAUGUGGGGCAAAAUAAAGAGCAAUGGUGAUGACUGGAUGUAUCCUAAACCUCUCAUGGAUUUAAGUGGUUGGAAUUUACGUUGCAUGGAUUCAGGCAGCAUGCACCAUUUUGUUGGUGCUGAUUCCUCCUGCAUUAGUUGGGGCCAUGCUCAAUAUGGGGAGUUGGGAUAUGGGCCUAAUGGACAAAAGUCUUCAGCCAUGCCAAAAAAGGUAGAUUUUCUUGAGGGCAUGCAUGUUAUGGGCGUUGCUUGUGGUUUCGGCCAUUCCUUGAUUAUAGUUGAUAGAACAAAUGUUGGUGACCGACUUGAUCAGCUUGAUAUAAAUGACGGCAAAGCUUCCAGUGAAGUAAACGAGGAACCUGAGAAUAAAUCUCCAGUUUCCACAAAAAGAAGUGCUGCUAAAGCUUCUGAUAAGUCUAAGAAGAGGAAAAAAUCAAAAAGUUCCUCAGAGUCAGAAGAUGAAGAGAACAGUGAUGAUGAUGACAAAGAAGAAGAGGCUAAUGGAGAGAUGGACCAUAAGAAACGGUCUGGUCGGAGGGACUCUGGCAGAGGUCGAGGUAAGGGGACUAAUAAUGUAUCAAAAAAUGAAAAAGGUACUCAAGGGAAAACUGGUAAGAGGGGACGGCCUCGUAAGACGUAAGGUACUGUUCCCUCGUCAGAAAUUUUGUUAUCUCUAUGUAGAGAUAAAAGUGUACCUGUCUUGCUCUAAUUUUUUUCUUUUUUUUCAAUUUAUAUCUUCAAAUACUUUUUCGCCAUUUUAUUAUGCGGGGUUAUUGAAAACAACAUUAUUGGACUAA